AUGAAAUUCAGCAGUGUCACGAAUGGUGGUGCGGUUGGGGCGCUAAAUAGCGGCAAUCCGGCAGCAUACUCAACGACACCCUACUUCACAACACCUUCCCCGCCACGCGCCAACCCCGGUCUCACGCCACAUCAUUCCCUGCACGCACACCAACAACACUUACACCACCAUCAGCAUUCCACGCUGGCCAAUAGCCAGGCGACCGCUGGCGGCGGUGUGCUGCAUCAACCGAGCGUGAUCCAGCCAACAACGUCCAAUGUCAACUAUGAUCUCUCCUACAUGCUGGAGCUUGGCGGUUUUCCACAGCGAAAAGUGAAAAAACCGCGAAAGCCCAAAAUCGAAAUGGGUGUUAAGAGACGCAGUCGCGAAGGCUCCACAACAUACCUGUGGGAAUUCCUACUGAAAUUACUGCAGGAUCGCGAAUACUGUCCGCGUUUCAUCAAGUGGACGAAUCGUGAGAAGGGUGUAUUUAAGCUGGUAGACUCCAAGGCGGUGUCGCGACUAUGGGGUAUGCACAAGAACAAACCGGAUAUGAAUUACGAGACAAUGGGACGUGCAUUGCGAUAUUACUACCAGAGAGGCAUACUGGCCAAAGUGGAUGGCCAACGGCUGGUCUACCAAUUUGUGGACGUGCCAAAGGACAUUGUGGAAAUCGAUUGCAAUGGAGUGUAA